GACAUCCAAUGUCAAAUUUAAUCAAUCUCUAGAGGGCGCUGCAAAUUGCUCAGCCACGUAAGUUAGGGUCGUAUUUUCGUUCUCUAAAUAAUUUUAUUACUUUAUUUCACAUUAUCUGUUAUUAUGUGAGAAUGGUAUAGAGUAACAAAAGUGAGUGUAUCGUUUAUUUGUGCUUCAACUAGGAUUUAUUGACGAUUGACACUAUGUCUAACUUACCACCAACUCAGUACAACAAUAUCCCAGUACCACCACAAAUGAAUCCUAAUAGUGGCCCGCCAGUUUCCAUGCUAAAUCAGCAAUAUGGUAAUGUGCCUCCGAGUCAAUUGCCUCCAGGAUAUUCAAGUUUGAAACAAGAUGCAAACUCUAACAGCCCUGCACAUUUACCAACGGCGGUACCUCACAGUGGAGUUCCUCACAAUAUGAACAACUAUAAUCAAAGUGCGAGCAGCUCUCCAGCAUUCAAUCAGCCAGGAAUGAUGUCUCAACAACAAUUGGGAUUGCAGUCAUCUCCUUUACGCACACCCAUCAAACCUUCUAUCGUUCCAGUAAACUCUAAUCCCUUGCCUGCAUUUCCACCAAAUACUACUAUGUCAACCUCCAAUGCCAAUAAUCCUUCACCUUAUCCUCCUAAUUAUAAUCAGCAGCAAAGACAAGUCAAUGAAAAUGCACCACCAUUAAUUCCAUCUAGUCAGUAUCAACCCCUCUUAAAUGGUCCUCCUGGGCCAGUUCUGCCUCCAGCCUCAAGUCAGUAUCCAGUGUCAUCUACUGCUUUUAGUGCACCUCCCACCAUGAAACCUCCAAACAGCAGUGCAAGUUAUGCUGGAUCUAUAAAUGCUCCUUUCAACCAAGGGCCACCUAUCAAUGCAAGUGUUACAUCACAACUAGGACAGCUAACAAGCCAGCCGAACAUGGCCUUUUCAGUAGCACCAAGGAAUAGUCCAUUGCUUCAAGGACCUACAAGUAGUGGUCCAGUCUUUAAUGGACCAGCAUUAGGAUUAUCACAAUCAGCGAGUGUCCCUCCUGGCCUUUCAAGACCAGGAAUAAAUGGGCCAAGCAAUAGUUUAGCUGGACCACUACCUUUAGCAACUCAGCCUUCUACUUUUGGCCCUCCAUCAAUAUCAGGGCCUUCUUCUAUGUCUGGACCUUCACCGAUACCUGGACCAUUACCAAAGCUUGGGCCAUCAUCAAUGUCUGGCCCUCCACCAUUGUCUGGGCCUCCAAUGGCUGGUCCCUCUUUAAUGACUGGGCCAACAACAAGUGGAAUGAUGCCACCAAGGCCUGCAGCUCCCGUUAAUAGCCUGCCUAUGAUGCCACCUGCCAGCAGUGCACCGAAGCAGAGCCAGACAUACCUUGGCCCACCACGAAAUGGACAGCCAAUGAAUCCUAUUAGUGCAAACAACUUAACUUCACCACAAAGUUUACCUAUUGGAUUUCCUGUCCCUCAAACAAAUCAAAUGGGUGCAACCCAAGGACCACUUAGUGGUCCUUUAGGUGGUCCACCAAAAACUAACAUACAGAAUAGAUAUCCACCAAUGCCUCAAGGGAAUUAUGUGAACAACCAGCAGCCAAUGACUCAGCAGCCUAUGAUGAGCAAACAAUAUCCUCAGCACAGUGCUCAGGCCUUAACUCAACAAAUGGGUCAGUUGAGUGUUACAAAGCAAGGUUUUGAUCAGCUCUGGGGGCACCAAAUGGUGGAUUUGAUGCAGUGUCGACACAUUCUUCCUGAAUACCCAGAGGAUCCACCAGAAAUAAGACUAGGUCAUCAGUUUGCAGAUGCGCCUAAUUGCAGCCCUGAAAUCUUCAGAUGUACUAUAAAUCGUAUACCGGAGAAUAACAGUUUGCUGCAGAAAUCGAGACUGCCUCUUGGAAUACUAAUACAUCCAUUUAAGGAUUUAAAUCAUCUGCCCGUGAUCCAGUGCACGACGAUAGUGCGGUGUCGCACCUGCCGCACGUACAUCAACCCCUUCGUUUACUUCGUUGACUCCAAACGAUGGAAGUGCAAUCUGUGCUACAGGGUCAACGACUUACCGGAAGAGUUCCAAUACGACCCGGUGUCGAAGUCUUACGGGGAUCCGUCGCGACGGCCCGAGAUCAAGUCUGCCACGAUCGAGUUCAUCGCGCCCGGCGAGUAUAUGCUGCGGCCGCCUCAGCCCGCCGUCUACCUGUUCCUGCUGGACGUGAGCCAGCUAGCGCGCGAGACAGGAUACCUGCAGGUGGUAUGCGAUACUUUAAAGAACUCCCUGGACCAACUGCCCGGUGAUUCUCGUAUGCAGAUCGGGUUCAUAUGCUACGACGCCCACGUACAUUACUACCUCAUGAGCGACGGACUCACAAGGCCUAAGGAGAUGACGGUGCUCGAUAUAGAUGACAUAUUCCUUCCUUCGCCCGAGUCAUUACUCGUGAAUUUGGGCGAGAGACGUGAGCUGGUGAAGGAACUGCUGACUGUGUUACCUGCGCGGUAUUCCACGCCCGGAGUACCUUCCUCGGCUCUAGGAGCUGCCCUGCAAGCGGCUUACAAACUAAUGGCACCAACUGGCGGAAGAAUAACAGUAUUCCAAACUUGUUUGCCUAACAUCGGACCUGGAGCGCUACAACCGAGAGAGGAUCCGAACGCGAGGUCUUCAAAAGAUGUGGCACACUUGAAUCCGGCGACAGAUUUCUACAAGAGGCUGGCUUUAGACUGCAGUGGGGCACAAGUGGCCGUAGACUUGUUCCUUCUCAACUCACAGUACAGCGAUCUGGCGACACUCAGCGGCAUGAGUAAAUUCAGCGCUGGCAGCGUUCAUCACAUCCCACUAUUCAAAGCGUCGCGAUCUCAUCAAGCGGCCCAGUUACAACGGAUGCUGAGUAGAUACCUCACCAGGAAGAUCGGCUUCGAGGCCGUCAUGAGAGUGCGGUGUACUAGAGGCAUAGCCAUCCACACGUUCCACGGCAACUUCUUCGUGCGGUCCACGGAUCUGUUGUCUCUGCCCAACGUGUCUCCGGACGCCGGGUUCGGAAUGCAGCUCACCAUCGAGGAGUCCCUAUCUGAUCUGCAGCAAGUAUGCUUCCAGGCUGCGUUGCUUUAUACUAGCAGUAAAGGCGAGAGACGGAUCCGCGUGCACACGCUAGCGUUGCCGAUAGCGAGUACGCUAACGGACGUGUUACAUUCUGCUGACCAACAGUGUAUCGUGGGUCUCCUGGCUAAGAUGGCGGCGGAUCGUUGCGUGUCCGCGUCGAUGCCGGAAGCGCGCGAGGCAUUAACGAACGUCGCUGUGGACGUAUUGUCCGCUCACCGCUUGUCGCAGAACUUGCCCGCUGGCGCUCAGACCGCGGCCUUACACGCGCCCGUCAACCUCAGGCUGUUGCCGCUGUAUCUGUUGGCGCUACUGAAGCGGAGAGCGUUCCGCACGGGCACAUCGACGCGCCUCGACGAUCGAGUAGCCGACAUGUGCGACAUGAAGAGUUUACCCCUCUACCAGCUGAUGCGAGCGGUUUAUCCAGAACUGUAUCCCAUACAUGAUCUUCAGGAGCACACGCGCCCCGACGAGGACCCUGCGCCUGACCCGCCCCGACUGCAACUGUCCGCUGAAAGGAUAAACUCAACCGGCGCGUACCUUCUAGACGACGGCGACACGAUGAUAAUCUACGUGUGUCACGCGGUCAGCCCCGCCUUCCUGUCCGACACAUUCGGGGUCGCCGCCUUCAGUCAACUGACGGACGACGCGCGAACUAUCCCGCGCUUAUCCUCGCCCGGCAACGCGAGACUGCACGCGCUAAUAGAGCGGCUCAACGACGAUCGCCCAUACGCCUCCAGCGUGAUACUGAUCAAAGACAAUUCACCGUCACGCACAUUAUUCACGGAGCGUCUCAUCGAGGACCGAGUGGAGUCUGCGUUCUCCUACUACGAGUUCCUACAACACGUCAAGAGCCAAGUGAAAUGAGUUACGGGUGACUUCCUAGUGAGUUUGUGGGACGCAUUCCUGUUAAUCGGACUCGCGAGUGCUAGCUAAUGAAAGGAUCGGCCGAUCGAGCCACUAUUGACUCUGUCGAGUGCUACGACACUGCCCUAGGUUUGCUAAGUUUUUUAACGGCUUGUUGCUUUCGAAAACUAUUGUGAACCCUACCGUUGACGACACAAAGUUCGAUUUCACUUCUUAUUGUUUAAGAUGUGACGAUAUUACAACCUCUCACAGUGCCUGUAUUUCUGUUUAGAUUGAAAACUAGUCCGUUUAGACGCUUAAGUUAAAAUCUACACCAGAAAGGAGUCAUUUAUGCUGAGAAGAAUAAAAAAGGACUUAGUCUUUAAGUUUCACGAAUAAAAAUGUUUAAAUCAAAAUUUAAAUAGAAUUCACUAAAUUUACGAAAACUCGAAUCGACGUGCCGCCCGGCAAGUGAAUAGUUAAAAUAUCGAUCUUCGGGAUGAAAUCUAUGCAAAUUAGUCGUAAUAAAGUAACUUGUAGUGGUGUCGUAAAGUUUGUUGUCCUAUGAAAUUGUUGGUAACGGUGAUUGGCGUCUGACGUCAUGAUUAGCAUAUACUUUUCUUGUAUAUCACAGUUUAUUUAAUUCUAUCUUAAUCGAAAGAAAUGCUCAAUGUUUGAUAUUAUUAUGUAUCAUUAUUACAGCCCUGUGUCAUAUUUUAAACACGAUCGAGGUUUAUGUGAACGUUAUUUUUUCAUUAUCGAGUUAUCGUAGUACGCUGAGUUUUCCAGAGUUUGUGUUCUUAGAGCAAUUUGAAACUCACGUUUUGAAUUUACUGAUUUAUUGAAUGGAUGCUAAAUGGUUAUAUUUGCUCUUAUUAGCCUUUUCUUAUUAUCCUUAACAAAUUUUUAAAUCAAGGAAAGCUAAUGACUGAUAUUUAUUGUUUGUCGUCGCUGUAUGUUGUUUCUUCAGGCAGUUGUUAAACGUAAAUAGCACCUAAACUUUUUUUAUUUCAUUAGAUU